CCCUGCUCGGAAAGAAAAUGGCGAUCAGAUGUUGUGCAUGACCGUCUGCUGCAGCCUUCGACGCGAUUGUUGCCUAGGCGACGGCCAGAUACGUGCCACCAUCCACGCGACGAGUCAAGUGCAUCAUCAACACCACCGCAUCGCUAUCACCACCACGCUACCCACUCUUUCUGGUCGACGUCCCGAACCACCAUGGCGCCCCGCGGAAGACUUACGUCCGCAAGCGAAAAUGCAUACGACUCCUCACCUGAUCCGCUAUCCAUGUCCAUGAACAGCAACAACAGACGCAAAACAACACGCACCCCCAAAGAGGCCCUCAGAAAUAGCUCGCCGAACAAGCAAAACCUUCGACCCGACGCCUCUGAGACGAAUCCUUCCUCGCCCUCCAAGUCCAUGGUUCUGAACACGCCGAGAGUAGGCGCCUCUAGCCCAUGGCGCAUCAAGGUCACCGUCCAGGCCGAACCAGGCACCGACGAGGAGAAUGCCGACUCGCCCAGUGUGAACCGAUAUACCCGAACUCAGACCAUCACAGUGCCAUUAAAGGACGCCGACUCGCCCUCCCCAGUCAAACGCACCCGCGGACGGCCUAGGAAGUCGGACAUUGGGACCACCACAAAGCCGAAGCGUAGUGGAACGCCAGUCAGGAGGAAGACACAGUCCAAGACACGGGAUCACAGCAUUGGAGCCGCAGGAUCGAGUGCAGCAGAUGUUGACACAGACGCACCGCCUAAGAGGCCUAGAGGACGUCCCCGCAAGAGCGUGCAACCAGCAACUGAAGAUGAGGAUACGAUAGUAGUUGAGAUACCAGAGACUCAAAAUAGCCGUUCCCUGGAGGCGAAAUUUGCGCCCAAGCCUCUCAUAUCGAACCAAACUCGCGCACGCAAAGGCACGCCUCGUUCGAACAAGAUAGCGCCGGUGGUGAUUUCAUCAGACGAAGACUCGGACGAAGACAGCGAUGUGCUCACACCGACAAGUGGCGAUGAAGAAGAUGCAGGGGGCAAGGCCACAACACCGGAUCCGUAUGUCUCCAGAACGGCUCGCCAAGAUUCGUCGAUGCCCAGUGAGAAGUCAUCGGUACAAUCCAGUGCAGAGCCUGAAGCACGACCCAGCCUUGAGUACGAAGAUGAUGACGAGUAUGCUCAACCUUUCGACGAUGCCGAUGACGAUGACGACGAUAUCGGCGACGACAACGCUCCUGAUGUUACCAACUUUGCUUUCGAAGAGGGAACGACCAGGAUGCCCGACGACAUGACAAUCCUCGACAGCGAGAACUUUAGCAUGAUCUCCGUCGACUCCCUGCCCAGCAAUGGAGGCCUGAGCAGCCCGCUAAAACCAGCCGAGCCUGAGAAUAUCGCGUCAAUGCUGCAACACGAAUAUUUGAGACCUUCAACUCUUGGUAGUAUCCGCCUAGAGUCGAAGAUGGCUACCAACUCCUCGCCAGGACCCCCACGUUCGGUGCCUGCCUCCUCGAUGACGGUGGACUCCUCGCGCUCAGCAACAGCUCCGCGUUACAAGACGCCCGUUGUUGACGCCGAGAACCCCUCAGAACCACCCGCUAUUGAGCCUGCCCAGAUAACUGCGCCAAAGAUGGAAACUCCGAGGCUGGGUCGAGUCGUGACAGCUGGCGUAGCGCUCCAAGGCCUUGUCGAUCCCGUUCAUCUCACUCCUGAACCUUCACAAACAGCACAAAACGAAAAGCAAAGUGAUAGAUUGAAUGACCUAUUCCGUGGUUUCAGUACAGGUACGCGAAAGGACCUACGAGCAGGGCUUCGUCUUGGCGAGCAGCUCGCACAAAGCAAAACAAAGGAACAAUCCUCGCCCGUUCCUUCCAAGCCCAUCAAAGCGCAGCCUGAAGCAGCACCCAAAGAAAGCGUAUUUAGAACUCAAAGAAAACAGCGUUCGCGCCUUCUUACACCAGAAGAACAGGAUGAACUGGUCACGACAGAAACAUCCCCACCUGCCGAAGAAACGAGCGUUCAGUAUCCAACUUUAGCAGUUACGCAAGAAAACAACCAAAUCCCGAGUCCUGCGGAGAGCGAGAAAGAGAUGAACUGGGGAACCGACGCUGCUCCUGUCGGCACCUUGAGUGCGGAAGGCAAACGGUUCAUGACUGUUAGGAACGAGCAUGGGGAAAUGCUUCGUGGGACCCAGAUCGCAGUCACUGCUGAUCAUGACAAAAAGGAAGAUAACUACGACGACAUAUGGCAAGAGGAGGCUAGUCGCUCAUCCAUCUCGCCUGAAUCCGAAGAAUCACCUGCGGAAAGGUCCCCACAACAUCAGGAUCUGUUCGCGGAAGAAGGCCGCAUAGGUCCAGCUCGUGGAAAGGCUGGCAGGGCAUGGAGACGCAAGAACGCAACCAGCCCGGUCGAUCUUCUUACCCCUCCCGUUACAGAGUCUGCUGCGCCGGUCGCAACAUCACUGGAAAAAAGUAAGACAGACGAGGUCGAGACUGUUACUACUCAAGACGAUGAGUCUGAUGAUGAAAGCGCAAAGAGCGACGCAAGUGACGAUACUGGCAUGUUCUUCCAAUCCAAUCUGCCAUCCGUGUUCAACAAAAGACGCUCUCACGAUCUCAAACAAAGAAAGGCAGAUAAGCUGGAUCUCUCUCUACUCAUGAACGAGAGUGCAAGUCUGCUUUCAGAAUCCUCACCUCCAGUUGUUGCGAAGAAAACGCCUGCUGGCAGGAAGUCAAACCCGUUCCUCGACACUCCACCGCGCUUCCCGGCGUGCCCAACCUCACCAAAGAAGAGUAGUCCUUUGCGCCGAGAGCUUCGCGGCUCAGACAUCUCUUCGGACACUUCCCGACAUGAGGACAACGAAUCUUCACUGCCUCUUGUACAGAGCUCACCAUUCCGUGUCCGCGUAGACGACGACAGUCUCGUUUCCGUGACUUCAGACCAACGCCAACUUCGCGACGAGAUGGAAGGUGUGGCUGUGUCUAGCAUCCGACGCGUCCGCAACGAGGCUGACGGUUACCUCGAAGCCUACGAGACGCAAGACCGCAGCUUAGACGAGAUCGAAGAAGUCACCGAGGCGAGCAAGACCGGGCUGCAGGAUACGAGCGUCAUGCCUUCGAGCCCACCGCAGGCCAGGCAGAAUCUAGAGCAACGCAUGCGCUCAAUCGCUGCUAUGCGUGAAACCGCCCAGCGCGCCAUGCAAUCCACAUCGUCGAAGACAACGCAGCCAAAACAGCAGCAGCCAGACAGCGAAAUGACAGACGCAAGCGACGACCAAGCAACCUCUACAAGCUCCACCCAGCACACGCCCCCGACCUCAGAAUCCCACCCCGAAGACACCCAACCAGGCCCAAUAAGCCGCAUGACAAGCACCCUCUGGACCGCCGUCGCCCGCCCCGAACCCGCGCCCCAACACCCUAUCCUCAGCAAACUGACGCCCUUGCCUAAACUCGAACCCUGGACAAAAACACACUACAAAGCCCUAGACACCCUAUACACAACGCACCUCAAGCACCCCGCCCUCUUCUCCCCUUCUCCCUCUACAUCUACAUCCCGCACAUCACCCCUCGCCCAAACAAACGCGCGUCUCCUCGCACACUUCCUCGCCACAACCAACCACCCCUACGUCGGCGCCACGUUCUCCGCAUGGGGCUACAGCAUGCAAAUGACGCAGGAACUGGUCGUGCUGGCGGCGGUGUUUAUGCAGUUGCUUUCGCUGGAGAGUGUUGAUGAGUAUGAGAGGGUGGUGGGGAAGAGGAUUCAGCGCGGGGAUUGUGCGCCGGGGGUUAGUGGGACGCGGAUUUUGGGGGAGGAGGUUGUUAGGCGGUUGGCGACGGUGGUUAUGGGGGAGAGUGUUAGGAGGGAUGAGAAGGCUGGGAGGAGGAUUGAGAGGAGGGAGGGACUUACGGUUGUGUGGCCUUAGCUUUUUAUUUUGGCGUUGGGGGGAUGGGGAUGAUGUUUGUUUGGAGUUUGGACUGGCUGGAUGAAUGGAUGGAUGGAUGGAUGCUAUAUACCUCUUUGUCGCGGAUUUUCAAUCUCAUCAUUCCUGUUCGUUUAUCCACAG